GUUUUCUUUCGCUGGUUCUCAGUCGCUAAUUUGCGUUAUUUGGUGUUUUGCGUUUGUAUUCCGACACGAACGAGCUCGGUCCUGCUCAGCAGCCUAUCAGAGCCGUGCUCGGGGGAGAGGCGAGUUUUCUUACCCUGCUGCUGUUCUCCUACAGAUGCUGCAGCUGCAGAUAAACCAGUUUGGGGAGAAAGCUGUUGUUUGUUAGCUUUUCAGGUGCAGUGCACAUCCGCGUCACUUCUCCCUACCUGUUACCCAGGUCAUGUGAUCACGGAAAAGCCCCGGUGUACUUCGGCAGUUUUUCAGAGAGAGACAGAGUCCACGGAUUUACAGCUGCGGAGUCGCGUAGCGCUGUAUUCAUCUCCUCCCGGUGUUUCCAGGAACAAAAAAAAGGACAUUUCAAUGUUUUUCAAGGAUAAUGUGAAGCUGUUUUGAGCGCAGGACUUGGCUACGGAUUCUGAAGACCCACUGCGUGUCGCGUGAACUUCAAAGUGUGUCUGCUGUCCUGUUGAAGAGCGCCAGUCGGAGUGAGUGAGGACGAGGAGGAGCACAAAAAUGGCAUGGUGGCGUGUGGCAGCACUCCUGAUGCUGCUGUGUGUUGCCCACUUUGACUGCGAUCAGCCUCACACCCACUUUUCCUCCCUCACCACCAUCAACAACGUGGUCCAGGACCCUCACACAGGCCGAAUCUACCUGGGCGCCAUCGACGCCGUCUACCAGCUGGACUCUAAUUUACAGAAGGAGAGCACAGCUCAGACAGGCCCCAAGAAAGACAGCCCGAACUGCACGCCACCCAUCACUGCCCAGUGCGCCGAGGCCGUGGAAACGCACAACGUCAACAAGCUUCUGCUGGUGAACUCGGCUAACGGCACGCUGGUGGUGUGCGGCAGUAUCUUCCGCGGCAUCUGCUCCCUGCUCAAUCUGAGUAACGUUGAGCAGCACGUGUACUACAGUGACACCAAGGGAGAGAAAACGUACGUGGCCACGCCAGACAGGUCGGUCUCAGUUGUGGGUGUGAUCUCAACCUUUACCAAAGGCAAAACCCCAGUCCCAGAAAAAAAGCUGAGUGUUUUCCUAGUGGCCCAAGGCUAUGGCAGCUCAGACAGCGUGAAGCUGGUGAGCACGCGUCUGUUGCAAAUGAACGAUGACAUGGACAUAUUUGAGAACAUCGUGGAGACCUCCACGGUGCAGGCGGGCCCGUACAUGCAGCGGUACCAGCACGACUUCCGCUUCGCGUUCAAGCACGAAGGCUAUGUCUACUUUCUGUUCUCGCGAGCAAAGGACACCAGUGACAACCGCAAGCUCAGCUUCGUGGCUCGCCUGUGUGACAACGACCAGAAUUACUACUCCUACAUAGAGCUUCAGCUCAACUGCAGCACGGGUGGAGACAAUGUCUACAACAAGGUGCAAGCAGCAUACCUGACCUCUCCGGGCCCAAUUCUCGCCCAAAACCUCAGCUCCAAUGGCAGUUUACCAGAAGACGAUAAGGUGCUGUUUGCGGUGUUCAGCAAAGCGGAUAGCUUGGAUUCAGCACUCUGCAUGUAUCCUCUGAGCAGCAUCAACCGCAGGCUCAAAGAGGCCAUCGAAUCAUGUUAUAGAGGAGAAAACAUUGGCACAAAGCCCAUAGCAGUCACCUCACCCUACUCUACCAAAAACGAUCAGCUUUGCUCUAAGAGAGGGAAUAUGUACAACUCGUACCCUUGUGGAGCCGAGUUUUUGCCGUCUCCUUUGGCCACUACAGACGAAUACGCUUUAAGAUCCAGCCCUAUAUAUGCCAGGAAGAGCUUGUUAACGUCUGUGGCCGUGUCCGUGGUGAACAACAACACUGUGGCUUUCGUAGGCACUAACAUGGGAGAAGUGCUUAAGAUUCAUCUGACCGGUCAUGCCGACGUGUAUGGCAAAUUUCCAGGAGACGGUACUGAUAGUCCGGUUAACAAAUCCAUGUUCUUCGAUUCCAGCAGGGAUCAUCUGUACAUUACCACUCUGAAGAAGAUCACUAAAGUUCCAGUGCAGGCAUGUGAACAGAAGAAAGACUGCCACUCGUGUGUGAGUCAGAGGGAUCCAUACUGUGGCUGGUGUGUACUGGAGGGCCGGUGCACCAGAAAAAAGGAAUGCAGUCGAGGAGAAGAGAAGGACGCCUGGCUGUGGAGCCCCAACCAGAAGUGUGUAGCCAUUCAGUCUUUCGAGCCUCCCAGCCUCAGCUGCAAGAAGACCAACCAGGUGAAGUUGACUCUCUCCCCACUCCCCAGCAUUGUAAAUGAUAAGCUGAAGUGUAUAUUCGGUAGUUUUGAAAGCCAGGCUGAGAUGAACAACCGUCAAGUCAUCUGCACUUUACCAAAUGUAGUGGACAUUCCACCUACACCUGAGACGCAAGAUUUUGUAGCGGUGCCUGUGAAGAUCAUGGUGAACGGCGACAUUGAGGUAACACACGGCGAAUACAAGUUCUACAACUGUGCGGCGGUUGUGAAGAAUGCAGUAAAUACACCGUGUAUAGCAUGUGUGAUGAGUCAGUGGGGCUGCCAGUGGAACACACUGGCUCACACGUGCAAUGACAAGGACGACUCUGUGGAGGGCAACAUCAUUAAGCAGAACAAGCGUGACCAGUGUCCUCAGUUUGAGAACUUGGAGCCAAAACUCAUUCCUGUGGGCUUCAAAACUCCCAUCAUGUUUGAAGGCAAAAAUUUGGAUAAGUACAAAGAGAAAAUGUUCCAGAUCGGCACCGAGCUCAUGAAGCAGGUGGGCGACGUGACUCUUUCGGAUUCAAAGUUCCGCUUCGGUGGUUAUGAGUUUGCUUACAACAAAAAGCCGGAGGUGAAUGUGUCGUUCUUUGUGAAGGAUAAGGAGACGGAGAAGAGGAUUGACAGCACACUCCAGGUGGUGCUGUAUAAUUGCUCAGUGGGCCGUGAGGACUGCAGUCUGUGUAAAAACGCAGACACGAAAUAUAAGUGUGUAUGGUGCGACACCACACAGUCCUGCAUUUAUUCUAGUCUUUGUAUGAAAGAGCUUGAGCAGUGCCCUGCUCCCACCAUCACAGAUAUCACACCACACUUCGGACCCAUGAAGGGGCAAAUCUCGGUUACUAUAAAAGGAUCCAAUCUGGGGAUUAAAAAAGAAGAUAUCAAGAGAAUCACUGUGGCAAAUGUGCCAUGUGUACACCAGGCAGACCGAUACACCGUCUCCACUAGUGUCGUGUGUAAGAUCGGACCAUUGCCUGACCCUCCGAUGGAUCUGCCAGAUGAGAGGCUGUCUGGACCAGUAAUGGUGGAGGUAGAGGGGAAGGUAGCCAGGGUAUCCACAGUUGUGUUCACAUACAGGAACCCCAUGCCUAAGGAGGUGUACCCCACAAAAGGUCCGCAAGACGGUGGGACAAUUAUCACCAUCUUGGGUCAAGACCUGUACACGGCUUCUAAAGAUGACAUAAGUGUCACAGUGGGAGAAGUGCCCUGUGAAGUCCUUGACUUCGGACCUCAAAUCACAUGCAAGACAGGUCCGUAUAAAAACCUUCAGGUUCCGUCGGGGCCACUCCGAGUCACAGUGAAAUACGGCGAGAGCACCUCCGUCGUCGUGAGCGACAGCACCUUCACCUACGCCACCAAUCCCAAGAUCACCAGCUACUCUCCUCAAGCAAGCUUCAUAUGCGGAGGCCGUAAGAUCUCAGUGGUGGGAACAGGAUUUGAUCUGGUUCAGAGAGCCAUUAUGAGAGUGCUGCCCUCUGCUGACGAGUUCAACUUGCAUCCCAGCAAUGCUGAGUUUGUGCAGAAGGUUAUUAGUAAGAACGAAACCGUCCUGGAGUUCCUCUCUCCAGCCGUGAACGUGAGUCUUGAGGAUCAGUCUUUAAGGACCGUCCUCGAGCUCGACAACAUUCAGGAGAACCUGACCGAGUUCGAGUACCACUCCAAUCCCGUGUUCGAGAAGAUGAACGACAAAUCCAUCAGUGCAGGAAGCAUCAUUAUCGUUCACGGUCAAGGUCUCUCCAAGGCCAUGACUGCUCAAGAGGCACAGGCGUUUGUUGGAGACCAGCAGUGCGUCGUGACCGUCCUGCACGACGAUAAGCUGUUCCUCGAGGCCCCGUCCACGCCUCCCAAAGCUCGCUCCAGGCGCCAGCGCAGAGACACCAGUUCGGAGACUUUGGACCUGGUGAUUAUGUUCGGCCAAGCCGAGUUCAACGUGGGCACCGUACGUUACGAGAAGAAGAGUGAGGUUCCGCUAUACAUCAUCAUCCCUGCGGUCAUCCUGCCCAUGCUGCUGUUCAUUGCGGUGUCUGUGUACUGCUAUAGGAGAAAGAGCCAGCAAGCAGAGAGAGAGUACGAAAAGGUGAAGCACCAGUUGGACAGUCUGGAGGAGAGUGUGCGGGAUCGCUGUAAAAAAGAGUUCACAGAUCUGAUGAUUGAGAUGGAAGACCACACCAGCGAUCUGAGCGAGGCCCGGAUUCCCUUCUUGGACUACAAGAAUUACACGAAUCGGGUCUUUUUCCUUCCCUCUAAAGACGGCGCCAAUGACGUGAUGAUCACUGGCAAACUGGACAUCCCAGAAACCCGCCGGGCCACCGUGGACCAGGCACUAAAUCAGUUCUCCAACCUGCUCAACAGCAAGACCUUCCUCAUCAAUUUCAUCCGUACCCUGGAGAGCCGGCAAGAGUUUAAUGCCAGAAAUAAGGUGUACUUCGCCUCGUUGCUGACAGUGGCCCUGCAUGGGAAGCUGGAGUACUACACGGACAUCAUGAGAACACUCCUGCUGGAGCUGAUGGAGGAACAUGUGCACAGCAAAAACCCCAAACUGAUGCUCCGCAGAUCAGAGACCGUAGUUGAGAGGAUGCUAUGUAAUUGGAUGUCCAUUUGCCUCUACCAGUUCCUCAAGGACUCAGCUGGUGAGCCACUCUACAAGCUUUUUAAAGCUAUUAAGCACCAGGUAGAUAAAGGCCCAGUGGACGCCAGGCUGAAGAGGGCCAAGUACACUCUGAAUGACACAGGGCUGCUGGGAGAUGAUGUGGAGUACUGUUUCCUGACUCUGCAGGUGCUGGUCCAUGGCGAGGGUCCUGAUGUCAGCCCGGUGAAAGUGUUGAACUGUGACACUAUCUCACAGGUGAAAGAGAAAAUCAUUGAACAGGUUUACCGGAACCUUCCUUAUUCCCAGAGACCUACCGUCGAGAGCGUCGCCCUGGAAUGGCGUCCCGGCUCAACAGGGCAGAUCCUGUCUGAUAUGGAUUUAACAUCUCAGAAGGAGGGCAGGUGGAAACGUCUCAACACUUUGGCACAUUACAAUGUGCGAGACAAUGCCACUCUCGUUCUGUCAAGAGUUCUUCACACUCAACAGUCUUUCGACCAGAACCAGGAGAGCCAUGAAGAAAGAAGUGCUCUGCUGGAGGAUGAUAAAGUGUUCCACCUGGUGCGGCCCGCAGAGGAGCUAGAUGAAGUGAAGUCCAAGAGGGGCAGCAUGAAGGACAAGGCCCCCAUUAAAACCAUCACUGAAAUCUACCUGACCAGGCUGCUGUCCAUGAAGGGCACGUUGCAGCAGUUCGUCGAUGAUUUCUUCCGCAGCGUGUUGUGUUCGGGGGCCACGGUCCCUCCAGCUGUCAAGUACUUCUUCGACUUCCUGGACGAGCAAGCACACAAACAUGACAACGUAGACGAGGAAACCAUCCACAUAUGGAAGACCAACAGUUUGCCUCUGAGAUUCUGGGUUAACAUCCUGAAAAACCCCCACUUCAUCUUUGACGUGCACGUAACUGAGGUAGUGGAUGCCUCGCUGUCCGUCAUCGCCCAGACCUUCAUGGAUGCCUGCACUAAGACCGAGCACAAGCUGACCCCGGAGUCUCCAAGCAACAAGCUUCUCUAUGCAAAAGAGAUUCCUACAUAUAAGAAGAUGGUCGAAGAUUAUUAUAAAGGCAUCCGUCAGAUGGUGCCAGUGAGCGACCAGGACAUGAACACACACCUGGCUGAGAUCUCACGGUCCCACACAGACCAGUUGAACACCCAGGUUGCCCUGCACCAGCUGUAUCAGUAUGCCAGCAAGUACUACGAUGGAAUCAUCUCAUCACUAGAGGACGACCCCGCAGCUCAGAGUAAGCAGCUGACCCUUCGACUGCAGCAGAUCGCAGCCGCACUGGAGAACAAAGUCACGGAUCUUUAGUGUCGCGUCUCCCUGGCCAGAGCACAGCAGACCCACGCUACCAAUCCUCACCGGGUCUUACAGAUGAAAGAACGUGUUUGAAUGAAAAGAUACAGAGGACUUGCGCAGCCUUUCACAUUUACCACGACUAGCUUGUUUCUUUUCUUCGGUAUGCGGCAGGAUCAGUACAGCCCGAGUGAGCUGGGUGACGCAGUAAAAAGACUGGUUAUGGCUGAAGCCCUGGCCUUUUACGGUACGGACGCGUCACAGCUCUUCACUGACCAAUAUUCUAAGUAGUGUCCGUUUUUGCAGUUUUCAGUAAUAAUCAGAUUAUUCUUUCCUGUGCAGAUGAAAUUCAAAUAGUAUUAUAUUUAUAUAUUUUUUACACAGAAUGGAUUUAUUGUCAUUUCGGUUUCAUAGCCACUAUGUUUCCAGCUUGAGGCAAGGUCAUUGAGGUCACUUCCUGUGGAAUUUGUAUCGCUAUAGUCUCAUGGCUCAGCAUUUCUGUCUGCUCGGAGUAAUGCCUUUACAGUUAGCGCUUUUAUGUUUCCGUGGCAUCGGUUUGUGUUGUUGAUUUCCACGACUUUGUCCACUUUUGCCCUUUUGGGAAUGCAGGGUUAGGCUAGUAUCGUUGCUAGAAGACGUUAGAUGAGGGUUGUUGAUCUUAUUCUUGUUUUUAUGUUUUGCUGUAACACAAGUUGCCAGCAUAUAGUAAAUAGCCAGCAAAUAAUGGUUUCUUCUGAACUGAGGGAUGACUCUGGGUCUUCACUCGCCAUGUCCCAUAA